GCAAAAAUUUUUAGUGAAAUAGCGAAUCAUGAAUUUAUAAAAUGUUUUCGGUUAGACUGCUUUCAACGCGGCCGUCAAAAAAAUGCGUUCGAAGUUUUAAAUCAGAUUCAAAACCAAUAAAAAUGGCCUAUAUAUUGUACGAAGGGCCUAACACAGACAAAACUUUACCACCUUUAAUUGUAAUGCAUGGUCUUUUUGGGUCGAAACAAAACUGGAGGAGAAUAUGUCGCGAAUUACAGCCGAAAAUCAAACAGCGUAUUUACUCCGUGGAUGCAAGGAACCACGGCCAAAGUCCACAUACUAACGAACAUAGUUCGGCAAGUAUGGCCGAAGAUGUGGCGGAAUUUAUACGUCAACAAGGUUACGCAAAAGUUUCUUUGAUGGGUUAUUGUAUGGGUGGCAAGACGCUGAUGUACUUUGCGAUUCUACAUCCUGAUCUAAUAGAACGUUCAAUUUUUGUUGAUGUAUCACCGUUUUCAGUGCGAAGACCUGAGAUAAAAAGUAUAAUGCUUACCAUGAAGAAUAUAUCGAUCUCCAAAGAUUUAUCUAUGCCAGAGGCAAGAAAAAUUGUUAAUGAUAAAUUGAGAACUGUUUCAAAUUCAAAUAUUAUUACUUUUAUAUCAUUAAACCUCAGGAAACGUAGAUCUGGAGAAUUUUAUUGGUUGUUUAAUAUAGAUCCAAUAUUUAACAGUACACAACAGGUUUCCGAGUUUGUGGAAUAUGCUGACAAAAUGAAGCCGUUCGUAAAACCGACGAUUUUUAUUUGUGGAAAACGUUCAUCUUACAUGGAUCCUAAGAGCUGGCCAGAUAUUCAAAAAUUAUUUCCGAACUCGAAAUUAUAUUGGCUUGAUGCUGGCCAUGUAGUGCACCUUGAACAGCCGGAAGAGUUUUUAAAAAUAGUGACAAAAUUUCUAAGUAAAUAAAUUUAAAUAGUAAAAU